AUGAAAAUAGAAGAUGCGCGAAUAACUAGUGACUUACAGUUGGUUAUUCGCCAAAUAGAAGGGGUAUAUAGCACAAAUGAGUCAUCCUUGCAAAAAUACAAGAAGCUUGUCGGAGAGUUAUCAGCACAAAUUCCAAAAAUAAGUUGGAGGCACAUUUCGACGAAAGAUAAUCGGUUCGCAGACGCGCUUGCUUUUAUUCCAUCUAUGAUGGUGGAUCCGACUGCGAGGGACAUAAAGAUACAAACACUCUUUUUACCCUCCAUUAAUAAAGAAGAAUGUGAAGAUGUAGAUGUAAUGCUAGUAGACAGUGAAGAAGAAGAGCAGGUGAACAAAGCCGCAGAUUGGAGAACCCAACUCCAUUUGUAUUUAGAAAAAGGAGAAGUCCCAAGAAACAGGUUGGAGGAACACAAGUUAAAGAGCAGAGCAACAAAUUAUGAUUUGAGAGAUGGUGUACUUUACCGAAGAUCAUUCAUGGGACCAUCGCUUAGAUGUUUAACGAGAAAAGAAGGAAUAAAAAUCUUGAAAUAA